AGCAAAUUUCCACAUCAAAUUCAACAUCCAGCAAAAUGGUGACCCUGACUAUGAAGCAAAGCCUUAUAGCUAUUCUCCUAGCAGGAAUUCUUGCUGGAGCCGUGCCUGGAAAGGUCAAGGCUCAGUGUGGUAAUACUUGUUCGGCAACUGAAUGUUGCAGUCGAUUUGGUUUUUGCGGAACAGGUUCGGAUUUCUGCGGCGUGAACUGCCGAGGAGGUCCUUGUGUUAACAAUGGUGUUUCAAUAGCUGACAUCGUGACACCUGAAUUCUUUAAUGGGAUAUUGAAUCAGGCAGCCGCGAGUUGUGUAGGGAGAAACUUUUACUCCAGAGGAACAUUUCUUGAUGCUCUCAAUUCAUUUACUCAGUUUGCAAGGACUGGCUCAGUUGAGGAGUCUAGGCGUGAGAUUGCUGCUUUCUUUGCACAUGCUAGCCAUGAGACUGGACGUUUUUGCAGCAUAGAAGAGGACGGUGGCGCCUCUAAGGACUACUGCGAUGAGACCAGAACAGACUAUCCAUGCAACCCAAACAAAGGUUACUAUGGCCGUGGACCACUGCAACUAUCAUGGAAUUACAAUUACGGACCAGCUGGCAAUGACAUUGGGUUCGAUGGGUUAGGCGCACCAGAAACCGUGGCCAACGACCCUCUUAUCUCGUUCAAGGCCGCCGUGUGGUAUUGGAUGAACAAUGUCGCAGGAGUCAUGAACCAAGGGUUCGGGGCAACUAUUCGAGCCAUUAACGGUGAUCUUGAGUGUGAUGGUAAAGAGCCGGCUAAAGUGCAGUCUCGGAUUAACUUAUUCACAGACUAUUGCAACCAACUUGGCGUUGCUCCCGGCGGUAACCUCAGUUGCUAGAAUUCAUACUAAACUAGCAGCAGUUUCCCCAAUGUUCCAGUCACUUGUACUUUUGUUUUAAUUUGCUCUGAUUCGUAGGUGUACCGCGGGAUUAAUUUGAUGCAACCUUAAAAGGAAAUAAAUAUAAUAAUAUAAAUAAUGAUUAUUUGUAUUUUAACGAUAA